CCCCGAGCAGGGGGCGCAGUGUCCACCCAGCAGGCGGGGCGCCCGCCUCGCAGCCUUGCAGAGAGCUCUGGGCCUUCCCAGCUCCAGAUGCCAAUACUGAGACCCCAGAGGUGCGCACGGAGAUCCUGUAGAGGUUAAGGGGCUGAGGAGCGUUGGAGCACCCACCAGGAAGUUCCUGAGGCCCGCUCCGAGCCAGCGAGUUUGCCUGCUGCCCGCCUCCUAGGAUUCCUCGGCCCCCCUCAACUUCUGCUGCUAUGGAGGCCACCAACGGGACUCAGGCCUGGUACGAGAGUCUGCACUCUGUGCUCAAGGCUCUGAACGCCACUCUGCACAGCAACCUGCUCUGCCGGCCGGGACCAGGGCCAGCACCAGGGCCAGACAACCAGACUGAGCAGCGGCAGGCCAGGCUGCCUGGCCGGGACGACAACUCCUACAUGUACAUCCUCUUCGUCAUGUUCCUGUUUGCUGUCACCGUGGGCAGCCUCAUCCUAGGAUACACCCGCUCCCGCAAAGUGGACAAGCGGAGUGACCCUUACCAUGUGUACAUCAAGAAUCGGGUGUCUAUGAUCUGAUGUCGGGGAGGGACAGCAGACGAUCGAGACACCGGCUGACUUGUCUUUCAGGGCCCCCCCGAACCCAGCUGUGGACCGCGGCAGCCCUGAGUGUCCCUCUCUGUAUGGCCAACAGGACACAGAACUACAGGAAGCCACCACUGGGGUGGGAGCCGGGGGACCGGCAUAUCUGGGCUUUGUGGGCAGGUGUUUUUUUCCAGGCCAGGAAGACUUUAUAAACAGUGGAAACCCAGGAACAAACACAAAGAGCUACCAAAAGAUGAGGACCAACAAGGGGUCCAAUGGCUGGAGCAAUGGGAGCCUAAGGUUGGAGGACAGACGGGGAGGGCUGUAGCCAAGGAAACAGGAAAAUGUGCCAGGGACACAUGUGGGCGCAUGCGUGUGUGUGUGUGUGCAUGUGUGUGGUCUUCAACAACUAUGAGAAACGUGAUGAUUAUCCCAGGUAGGAAAGCAGAAUAGUGUUAUCGACACUGAGUCUCCAUUUUAUG